UUUCUAAAACAGUUUUAUGAAAUAUCCUCGCAUGGCAUUAGAUAUUCUAGUGCAAGUUGAGAUUGACUGUGUUCAAACUUGCUGAUGGAUAAUUAAUACGAGCUAUCGAGGAAGCUUAAUUUGUCUGCCAAAAAUGGCAGUUGAACUGCACCAAGACAUCCUGAAUCUCCAUUAGCUUCUUCUUCAAACAUCAAUUGUGAAUUGUGAUCGAUCCACACUCCUCCAACCUCUCCCAACUCCCAAAAUCCCUUUCUCUCCUAUAAAUCACCACUCUCUUCCCAAUUCCCCAAACUGUUAUCUCUCAAAUCUCAAUCGACUAUGGAAGGACUUCCCACUUACUGCUUUCCUCCUCUCGACACUAACAAUCAGCACACAGUAGCUGCAGUUGGUGCGGAUCUCGAUCACUGGCCGGCCUUGCUAGCUCAACUACUCCAGCCACCGCCGCCGCCGCCGCAGCCGGGGCUAUUAAUAUCCGACGACGGUGCUGCGAGGGAGGGGAAGGAGAAAGGGAAGAGAAAAGGAAACAAGAAGAUCAGUGAAGAGAAGCCGAGGUUUGCAUUCCGGACCAGGAGUCCCGACGACAUACUCGACGAUGGCUACCGGUGGCGCAAGUACGGCCAGAAAGCAGUCAAGAACAGCUCGUUUCCCAGAAGUUACUAUCGAUGCACGCACCACGCAUGCAACGUGAAGAAACAAGUCCAGCGUCUCUCCAAGGAUACGAGCAUCGUCGUGACUACCUACGAAGGAAUUCAUAACCAUCCAUGCGAGAAGCUAAUGGAGGCUCUUGCUCCUCUGCUCAAGCAGCUCCAGUUCCUCACAGGCUUGUAAUCAUCGUUCAAGGUUGAUUAGUUCCUUAACAAAUCAAGAACGUAUAAGAUGUAAAUAGUAUAUAUAUAUAUAUACACUCACACAACCCACGCACACACAGCAUACAUAAACAUACAAUAUACAUAAAGUUCUGCAUUGUGUAAGUGAAUUGCAUCUCAAAGUUGAU